AUGAAGAAGUGGGAAAUGGCUCAAGGCAAAACCCUACAGUACAACUCCUUUGACGAAGAGGCUUUAACAGAGCAGUAUAAAAUCCUAAAGACCCUUGGCAGAGGAGCAUUUGGAGAAGUAAAAUUGGCUAGCCAUCUACUCACCCAGACAAGGGUAGCAGUAAAAGUUCUUCCAAAAGGCACAAAGAACAGUUUCAUCUAUUCAGAAAUUGAAAUAAUGAAAUCUCUAGACCAUCCCAAUAUCAUUAAACUUUUGCACAUAAUCGACACCACAAAUAACAUUUACAUGGUUAUGGAACAUGCCACAGGUGGAGAGCUAAUGGAUAAGAUUGUGGAGUUUGGCUACCUACAGGAGGAGGAGUCCCGUAAGGUAUUUAAACAGAUGGUAUGUGCCCUCCAGUAUUGUCACAGGAAAGGGAUUGCUCACAGGGAUCUAAAGCCUGAAAAUAUUUUAAUGGAUGGCAAAGGCAAUAUAAAACUCAGUGAUUUUGGGCUGGGCACCAAGCUUACCAUGGGGCAGAAGCUAGCAUAUUUUUGUGGGACCCUUCCUUAUUGCGCCCCAGAACUCUUUGAAGGUAGAGGCUACGAUGGCCGAGCAAGCGACAUCUGGAGCUUGGGGGUUGUGCUAUACUUUAUGUCGACAGGGUGCCUCCCUUUCAAGGGAGUUACUUUUGGAGUACUAAAGGACAAAAUCUUGGCAGGAAAGUACUCUGUUGAAUUCAAGUUGUCGCCAGAGCUUUGGGACGUUAUUGGUAAGUUGUUAACUGUAAAUCCUAGACAAAGACCAAGAAUAGAUGACGUUGUGGGCUUUCAAUGGCUAAAGCAUGGCAAUGAAGAUUUUCCCAGUCCCUUUAGAGAGAACAAUGAGGACAGCUACCCAGACCCCACUGUGAUGGUCAUCAUGGGCGUCAUGGGUUAUAAGCAAGGAGAGGUAAUGGAAGCUCUACGGGAGAAGAAGUUUGAUCAAGUGAUGGCCACCUACUUGAUUCUUAGGCAGCAGUCACCCUGGGAAGACAGCUUUAUAAAAGAUCUUCAGCCCAAGCAUUCUUCUGGAUCCUUGAACCUUACAGGCCCUCCCACGAUUCCAAAAGUGACUAUAAAGAGGGGAUCUAGUGUCCCCAUCCUUACCACUUCUUCCAUUUUGUCCAUUCUACCUGAGAGUACUGAGAACGACAAAAAGGGGAGAACGAGGUACAAUAUGCCUCCCAUCCUGAACUGCCCUAACAAGAAAACAGCCCCCGUUCACAGAAUUCUCCCCCAGUGUGUACAUGAGGCUAAAUUCAUGAACAGCACUUGCGGGGAUUCAGAGAGCAUUAUUAAUACUUCCGAUGAAAUAUAUCCCAGAGUGUCUUCAGGACUGGAAAGUUAUUCCAGCCUGUCAUCCCUGGAUGUGUCCGAAGCUGGCCUAAACAUGUCAAAGAACAAGGUGUCCUCACAGGAUGUUUUAUCUCAUCACACCUCUAAGGAAGAAGUUCAGUGCAAAGACAUCAACAUACCAGGUGAAAAUAUCUGUUCAUCUCUCCCACAAAUCUCACCUCAGGAGGACCUCAGAGGACAGCCCCACAGUGUGUCUACAGCUGGUUCAAAGAACAACAUGACCUCACAGGAUAGAUCACCUCCAUUCUCCAGCAAGGAGGCCCAGGAUGAGGGUCCCAUUGUACAAGAAAAAGAUCUUAGCCCAUCCUCCCCAGAAACAUCCCAGGGACACCUCAGUGGCCGGAGCCAGACUGCACCCAGAGCUCCCUUUAGAAAGCGAGUUUGGAAGACCCUACAGAGCAGGGUUAUAAAAGGCCUGAGAAGGUUAUGUUGCUGCUUACCAACAGAAAAGAGGGAACGCCUAGGCCGCAACAAAAUCUUGGCUGUGAGCUUAAAGGGCCAUGGAAGCAGCCAAGGUAACAGGUAG